AUGUCUGGGUUAAAAAAGUCAAACAUUCCUACAACUGUCUUCCCUGGAGAUAAGACAUCAAAGCACGUCGAGCAUCCCGUCGAUUCUACGCGUCGUUCAUCGGAGCCUCAAGUUGUCGAUGAAGAUGAAGGCGAUUUCGCUGAGAAGAAAGUCGUAGUCGUUACAUUCGAAGAGAACGACCCAGAGAACCCGGAGAAUUGGUCUAAGGGCCGCAAAUGGCUUACUACCAUCCUCCUUUGCCUCAUGACUCUGUUCAUUGGUCUCGCUACCUCCGCUUACUCUGUCGGUAUCAACGAUAUGACUGAAGAGUUUGGCGUUAGCAGCGAAGUCGGCCAAGUCGGUAUGUUCGUCUUUAACGCUUCGUUUGCAAUCGUUCCACUAUUUCUCGCUCCUUUAUCCGAAUACGUUGGUAGAAACCCAAUUUACCUGAUCAACUACGCCUGCUUCGUGGCCUUCUUCUUUCAACUGGGAUUUGCAAAAAACAUUUGGACUGCCAUCAUUGGCAGAUUCUUCUCUGGAUGCUUCGGUGCUGCAGGUACCACAAUGGUCGGAGGAACACUUUCAGAUAUCUGGAAGACACACGAGCGUGCAGGUCCAAUGUCCUGCUUCACUUGGGCAGCUGUCUUCGGUACUAUUGCUGCUCCAAUUUACUCGGGCUGGAUCGACUUGAACCUCGGAUGGAGAUGGAUCGAAUGGGUACAACUCAUCGCAAACUUUAUCUUGCUCGUAGCUGAGUGCUUCCUCCUCAAAGAAACCCGUGGUUCUGUCAUCUUGGCUAGACGCGCCAAGAAGAUGAGAGAAGUCACAGGCGACGACUCAUACAGAGCACCAUCCGAGCUCGAAGCGGACUCCUUCAAGUCACUCGUUCACGCAUCAUCUACUCGUGCAUUUAUGUUGCUCAUCAAGGAACCGGUCGUCCUCUUCUUCUCCAUCUGGAUCUCGUUCGCAUGGGGCAUCAUCUUCCUAUUCUUUUCAGUUAUUCCACUCUCUUUUGAGAACCAUCAUGGCUGGAAUGUCGGCCAGCAAGGCUAUCCAUACAUUAGUUUGGCCGUCGGUACAUUCUUAGGAUUCGCAUUCAACUUCAUCCAGGACAGACUGUAUCAAAGAGCUACAGCCAAGAACGGAGGUGUUCCAGUUCCAGAAGCCAGACUUUACGGCUCACUUAUCGGUUCAGUUUUGCUUCCAGUCGGUAUGUUCUGGUACGGCUGGACACAGUUCUCAUAUAUACACUACAUCGUGCCAAUCAUUGCUUUAACGCCAAUCAUUUUGGGCAUUUACCAUAUCUUCUUGGCAGUCUACAAUUAUCUCGCGGACUCAUACGGUGAAUUUGCAUCAUCGGCCGUCGCUGCACAAGGAUUUAUGCGCAAUAUGUUUGCUGCAUCUUUCCCUCUGUUCGCGAGCUACAUGUUUAACGGCAUGGGUUAUCAAUGGGCAUGUACACUGCUUGCACUCAUAGCUACUGUGUGCAUCCCAUUGCCUUACGUUCUUUUCUUCUACGGCAAGAGCAUUAGAGCUAGGUCCGCCUACGCAUCUAGCCAAACUGGUAUCCAACAACAAGUUGAUGUCGAACAGGUUGAACAGUCCGAGCAGGUCUCAAAGGCUUCAACCAAUUAA